CCUACCAAUUUAUUUUUAAUAUUUUUAGACACAUUUUAAUUAUUUUUUGCAUUUUUUCAGUUAAUUUUUGUUACUUAAAUAAAUUCCCAAAGAAUGCUUUCCUUACCAACAGAGACAAAGCUUGAUAUUUUUAAAUACUUCACCCAUCAACAAUUUUGUUCAAUUAAACAAACAAAUUUUUAUUUUUAUGAUUUUAUUACUAAUUUUGAAGGAGAACUUGCUCGGGAAAAAUUAUAUGAUAUCUCUAUUGAUUGUUUUCAUCGAUUCAAAAAACUUCCUCAUAAAUUAAUUAAACCUGACGCUAAGGAUUCUGACUUUCUUUUGAGUGAACAAAUUGAAGAGAAGUUGAAAAAUGGACUAGAAACCCCAAUUCCUUUGUAUUUAUAUGAGCAAGAUUUCCCCGAAAAUAUUGUUAUCUGUUUAACCGAAGAUGUGCUUAGUAAAAAUUAUCUUUUACUUCAACUACCAGACAUUAUUAAAAGCAAAGACGACAUCAGAAUUGUUUAUUAUUAUUUAAAUAAAUUAUUUAGUUGCUCUUUUGAAUAUUGCGGCUUCGAUAUAUUUAUCUUCAAUUCGGAAUUAAUUAAAUUAUUAUUUGGAAAUUCUAAACAAAUUUGUAUUCGAGAAUUUUAUCUGGAAAUUACGGAUCACAUUAUUGAAAAUGUCUUGAAAUUCAUUUUGAAUCAUCUAAUCAGCGACAGUAUUGGCAUUAAUUUUAGUUUAUCAAAAGAAUUUCCAAAAUAUAAAGAUAUUUUAUUUAAAAUUUUAACGAAAGGAGACAAUUUUAAUGAAAUUAAUUUGAUGGACUUAUUUAAUUCAACAACACUUUAUGAAAAUAUUAUUGAAUAUAUAGCAACAUCUAGAAACUGUUCAAAAAUGGUCUCUUCUAUUUUUUUUAAUUUCAAUAAUCACACAACUCUUAAAUUAAAUGAGAAAGCAAAAAAUGCUGAAAUUAAACAACUUGAUAAAUUAAAAUCGACAGAAUACCAAAUAGCCAAUAUUUUCAAUCCAGAAGUGAGAUUCUCAUUUUACAGUGAAGAAUUGGAACGUUUUUGGUGUUAUGGAGUUAUGAUCAGCAUAAAGAGAUUGUAG